CAACGUUGUUCUCCCAUUUGUGAGCUACAAGCAACUCUCGAACCUAGAGCGUCAAUUCAUCAGUGGUAUCAGAGCUAGUUAUGCAUCCUACAGAGACUAAGAUUCUACAGUCGAUGAUAGUAGACGCGAAGUAUUGUCUCCAGCUUAUUGAGGAGUGCAGGAUCAUAUGCAAUGAGUACUUAGAAGGCGUCAACAAGAGAGCUGCGACCAAACUCAAAAGCGUCAAGGGAAAGGAAAUUGUGCGCGUGGGUGAUCAGCCACUCGAGGCUCUCAUUCCUCGAUCUAGGAGCUGUGAGAAGAAGGAGUUUGCCGGUGGUCGAUCCAAGAAAGAUGGAGCUGCUGGUGGCUGCAAGAGCUUUUCAGGUUCAUGCGGGAGGUCGCACCUAACACGCAUGUCAAUGAGAAGAAGGGUGUGGGCAAAGCAGAGGUCGCACGGACUUUCCAUUCUUGAUUCAUUCACUAGGAACCCUUGGCAGACUCUUCCUUAGGACAAGGGUGGUGAUUGUGGUGGAAAGCUAUCACAUUAUUUCCAUUGAACCCAAAUGCUAAGUUUACUACGGGAAUAUAACUUUUGCUUGCCAAUGCUCAAGGGACCGCAUUAGGAUUCCUGGCCAAUAUAAGGAAGAAUAACAAGGGCCUGACAGAGAACUGGAAGUUUAGGAGGCGACAAUCGUGAUGCUGUCGCAAAAGCUGCAAUUGUCAUCGUCGUCGUCCCCCGCGAAAUUCGUCAACAUCAGAACCUUGCGGAUAAGGUUCUUUGAGGGGGAAGGAUUGAUGAGGUUAUUUAGUGAUAUGAUUUGGGAUUAGGAAUAGGCUAGUUAAGUAAUUAUUGGAAAUGAGUUGUUUUGGGGUUCGGUUAGGAGAAGAGUAGGAGGUGGCCGAAUGUUCUAAGAAAGAGUGGUAGGUUUC